AUGGCAACGGCAGAGCCACCCACUACGGCAGAACUGUCAGAACUAAAACAACAGCGAGCCUCGACGAAAGCGAGCAUUUCAAGGAUCAAGACGUUCGUCAAAGGAAAGAGUAAUUCGCUCUCACAACCAGAACUGAAAUGUCGACUAGGUAUUUUAGAAUCAUAUUUUAAACAAAUCUUAGCUUUUCAGACGUUGAUCGAGAAAUUAGAUGCAACUGACUCAGCUAGAGAUGAAUUAGAAGACCUAUACGUUUCCACCAAAGUAUUAAUCAUGUCUCAACUGCAGGAAGAGGCCCACAAUGCAUCAGUGCUAGACGUAACAGCAAUGAUGCCCACCUCAAAUCGCGAAAUAUACCUCACAAAUAUUGAAAAAUUUAAUCACUUACUGAACUGCCUUACUGGUCAAGCUCUAGAGACAGUACAGGCAUUUCCUAUUUCGAAUGAAAACUAUCCAAAGGCUCUGGAUAGGCUUAAAUCGCGCUAUGACAAUAAUAGCCUAAUCUUCGCCGAAAAUAUCGCGACACUAUUUGAUCUACCAGCAGUAUCGGGUCAGUCAAGCCAACAACUCCGUAGUCUGGUAAACAAUGCAUCCGCUUUGUAUGGUUCACUCUGUUCGCUAGGUACAGAGAAACAAAUAUGUGAGGCUCUACUUAUCUCGCUAAUCAUGCAAAAAACGGACGCAAUUACACGUAGGAAAUGGAAUGAAUCGCGUAACUUUGACACAUUACCCAGUUGGGAAGAUUGCUCAAAAUUGUUGGAUAGACAUUGCCAGUUUCUCGAAUCACUUGACAGUGGAAACGGCAAUCAGUCAUCAUCACAACGUAAACCUAAUAGUCUUAACUCCAAGACUAACAGACGCUCAAAACAAUACGCAUUUGUUGCAUCUACAUCUAGCAAUUCUUGCUCAUUUUGUUCCAGCAAUGAACACCUAAUACAGAAUUGUCAUCGUUUUAAGGCACUGGAGGUGGUUCAAAGGUUUGAAAAGGUGAAGAGCCUAAAACUCUGCAUAAACUGCUUAUCGCCACGCCAUCAUGUGGUUAAUUGCACAUCAACGUUUAAAUGUAAGGUUUGCGCAAAGCCACAUCACACUCUCUUGCAUCAUUCGCAAUUGCCAACGAAUAUUAAGAGCGCGGGAUCAUCACGACGCACAGAACACGCUGCUAUGCCCAACGACAACGUUGCCAGCCAUUCCCAUCUUAAUAUGUCAUCGGCCGAGCAAAUAAUUCUAGCCACUGCAUUGGUUUUAGUGAAGGAUUCAUCGGGAAGUUAUCAAGUGGGUAGAGCCUUACUUGAUUCAUGCUCUCAGGUCAACUUCAUAACGGAGGAGUUUUCAAAGAAGCUUAGUUUAGCAAAACAUAAACAUCGGUUGCAUGUUUCCAGUAUUGGUAGUUCGUUGACCAACAUUAAGUAUCAGACGCUCACAUCAAUCAAAUCUCGUCAUUCAAAUUUUGAACUUGCUUUAAACUUUGGUAUUACGAAUCACAUCGCAUAUCAACCAAGUUCUGAAAUCGAUAUAUCGUCGUGGAAGGUUCCACCAAAUACACCUCUCGCCGAUGAGCAAUUCUUUAAAUCCAAGCGCGUUGAUCUUUUGCUUGGAGCUGAAAGAUGGAUUGUAUCUGGCAAGUACAAGGGUCAGCCAUUUGCAUCACCAGCAGCAAAAUGCCUAUUAUCAGUUGAAGAUACAGUCUCCGAUCAAUUAGAAAUGAUGUGGAAGAUAGAGGAAGUGCAACCGGCUUCAAAGUCAUGGUCACCAGCACAUGUUGCGUGUGAGUCAUUAUAUCGUGAAACGGUCCACCAAAAUGCGAUGGGAAGAAUUGUCGUUCGGUUACCAUUCAAAGAUUCGCCAGAUUGUCUUGGUUUGACACACAAUAUCGCCUUACGCCGUUUUUGUUCUGUAGAACGGCGAUUGUCAUCUAAUCGUGCACUGAAGCAAGACUAUCAAGAAUUCAUGAAACAAUAUCGAGAGCUCGGACACAUGACGCGUGUUGAGACUCCGAAAACCAACGAACCACAUUAUUAUAUCCCUCAUCACUGUGUUUUAAAACCGUCGAGCACUUCGACCAAGCUGAGGGUGGUUUUUGAUGCGUCAUGUCCAACAACUUCGCAACGUUCAUUAAAUGAUAUUCUACUGGUCGGCCCGACAAUUCAGCCGGAGUUAUAUUUGUUGCUACUUCAAUUUCGUUUGCACCGAUAUGCCUUGACGGCUGACAUUGUUAAGAUGUACCGACAGAUACUGAUAGAUGAACCAGAUCGAAAAUUCCAAUAUAUUUUUUGGCGAGAUACGGAGUCCGAUCCUGUUAGUACUUACGAGUUGAAUACAGUCACUUAUGGUACUGCAUCAGCACCUUUUCUAGCAACCAGGAGUUUGCAGUAUUUGGCGGACAAAUUUGAAACACAAUACCCAAUAGGCGCUGCACUCAUUAAAUCAUCGUUCUUUGUCGACGACUUCUUAGGUGGAGCAGAUUCCAUUGAUCAACUCACCAAUAUCAGACAUCAGUUAACGGCCAUUCUACAGAAGGGUUGCUUCGAUCUUGACAAAUGGCAUUCAAACCAUCAUGACUUCAUCAGCGAUACUACAACAAAGAGUUUGAAUCUUGAUACAGAUACAGUCACCAGCGCCCUAGGCAUCAAGUGGCACCAAAUGCAAGAUGUUUUCCUAUUUUCGUUCAAUGCGCAACCAGGUCAAAUUGUAACAAAACGCACCAUUUUAUCCCUUGCGUCUUCAUUAUUCGACCCGCUUGGAUUACUAGCACCGAUCAUACUCGUAGCAAAAAUUAUGAUGCAAGAAUUGUGGCUUUUGCGUGUGGACUGGGACGAGUCAGUCCCUCAAAAUCUUCACUCAGCUUGGAAAACAUUUAUUCAAGAUCUUACAACGCUUUCAUCGGUUAAGGUGCCGAGAUACUGCCUAUCCAUAAACUAUCAACAGGUUGAUGUACACGGCUUCUGUGACGCUUCAAUACGCGCAUAUGGUUGCUGUAUAUUUCUCCGAUCACAAAACACAUCAGGUAAGGUGACGGUCAGGCUAUUCACUGCAAAAUCCCGUGUGGCACCUAUAAAGCGGAAGUCGCUACCUAAACUAGAACUCUGUGGUGCCUUACUUCUUGCCAAACUGUAUCAGAAGGUCCAACCAAUAUUUGCGCAAUUUAAGGGUGAAACGUUUUUUUGGACUGAUUCACAGAUUGUAUUACAUUGGUUGAAGCAGCACUCAUCAACCCUGUCUGCAUUCGUUGGCAAUCGAGUAGCGGAAAUUCAAGAUAUUACCGCAAAUGGGCAAUGGAGACACGUUCCUACCCAAUCCAACCCGGCAGAUGUUGUGUCGCGCGGCUGUAACAUCCGCCAAUUAUCAGAGUCUUGUUGGUUUACGGGGCCGGAAUUUUUGUUACUCGCUGAUAAAUACUGGCCGCAUUUGAAAUGUCACAACCUGGAUAUGGAAGAAGUCAAUAAAGAGACGCGAAAGGUUGUAUUCGUUAACACAAAUGAAGACAACUACGUAUUACAGGUAUUGUCAAGAUAUAGUUCAUACACUAAGAUGCUACGAGUAAUAGCGCAGGUACAGCGUUUUUAUCAUGUAACCAAGAAUAAAUUGAAGAACGGAGAAUGUACCCUCCAACCUAUUCAGCUACAAAAGGCAUUGCACUGUAUUAUUUGGGUCAUCCAACAGCAAUUCUUCGAAAUUGAUAUACAACGCCUACAACGAGGGAACCCAGCCGAAGGUACAUUAAAGCAUCUAAAUCCCUUCCUGGACAAUGUAUUCGGUUAUCAAUUACUAAAGGUGGGAGGUCGCCUCGAGCUGAGUGACAUCUCAGUAGGCCAACGUCACCCUAUUUUGUUGCCGAAGGGCUGUUAUUUUGUGGAACUUUAUGUUCGGCAUAUACACUUGUGCAACUAUCAUGCAGGCGCAAAAGCACUAAUUGCCCUUACUCGACUAAACUUCUGGAUAAUUAAUAUUCGAGAAAUUGCACGCCGAGUCGUGCACUCGUGUAUUCACUGCGUGCGUUAUAAACCCAAACUACUUAAUCAAAUGAUGGGUAAUCUCCCAAUCGAACGCCUCACUCCAAGCCGUCCAUUCGCGCGUACUGCGGUAAAUUUUUGCGGUCCGAUAUUAACGUAUCUCCGAAUUCGGGGACGGGUUCCAUAUAAGACCUAUAUAGCCGUGUUCGUUUGUUUGUCUACAAAGGCAGCUCAUCUAGACGUGUCAGACUUAUCUACGGAGGCAUUUAUUGCAGCACUGAAAAGGUUAAUCGGUAGACGAGGGUUACCAUCAGACAUCUAUUGCGAUAACGCCACAAACUUCGUUGGGGCUAACAACAAACUAGCAGAGUUAAAAAGGAUGUUUUUCGAGAAGUCUAAUCAAGUGAUGCUGCAGACCUUUUGCAGCAACCAAUUCAUAAAUUUCAAUUUUAUACCGCCCCGAGCACCUCACUUUGGAGGUCUAUGGGAAGCGGCUGUAAAAAGCGCGAAAGGCCAUCUGUAUCGAACACUAUCAAAUACUCGACUCACCUUUGAGGAGCUUGGAACAGCACUGAUUGAAAUCGAAGCUAUCUUAAAUUCGCGACCAAUCACACCUCAUUCUUGUGACCCGAGCGAUUAUGAAGCGCUAACGCCAGCACAUUUUCUUAUCGGUGGGCCGCUCAAAACUUUAUCUGAACCAAGUCCUCAGUAUGAAGCUACUUCAUUAAUUGAUAAAUGGUCUCGUAUAACCGCAGUCAAACAUCACUUCUGGCGCAGAUGGUCUAGAGACUAUCUGAAUGAGCUGCAGAUACGCACCAAAUGGACAGAAGAACAAUCUAACAUCACCGAGGGGGCUCUGGUUCUAAUCCAUGAAGACAAUAUGCCUCCACUACGCUGGUUGAUGGGCCGAAUCGUGCAUUGCAUCAGGGGUCCAGAUAAUUUGGUUCGUGUUGUUGAUGUGCAAACCCCAAAGGGAGUAAUACGCCGUCCAAUCCACAAACUCGCACUAUUACCAAUUGAAAAUCCUUUCAAGGGGGGCGGAAUACCCAAUCUGGAUGCCAGUCGUUCAGUCACAAUAUUUAUUUGUGAACCUGAAUCCAGUACUGCUCUGCACUCGACUGUACUUCCAUUAGAGUUGGAGGCUAAAAGUUCCCAAAAGAACGCAACUGGUAUGACCAUGAUUGAUGGAUGA